UGUGCCCGGCCGGCCCAACCCCGCCGCGCCUCAGUCGGCGAGAGACCGUUGGUGGGAGAAGAGCUGCCGCCGUUGACGUUCUCUGCCGCCAUCCCCCCCUCCCUCUCUUCCCCUCCACCCUCUCCGCGACCCCCGCCAUGGAGUGAAGGUUCCCGGCAGGCCGGCCGGGGAGGCCCCGCCGCGCCCCGAUGGCUCUGGUGACGGUGCAGCGGUCGCCUACCCCCAGCGCCACCUCCAGCCCCUGCGCCUCGGAGGCGGAUAGCGGGGAAGAUGAUUGCAGGUUCCAGCCCAGAAGCAUCAGUGAAAGCUUUCUCACGGUGAAAGGCGCAGCUCUCUUCCUGCCUCGUGGAAAUGGCUCCUCAACUCCCCGGAUCAGCCACCGGCGCAACAAGCAUGCAGGGGACCUUCAGCAGCACCUUCAAGCCAUGUUCAUGCUUCUCCGACCAGAAGAUAAUAUCCGGCUGGCUGUAAGACUGGAAAGCACGUACCAGAACCGCACACGAUAUAUGGUGGUGGUCUCAACCAACGGCCGGCAGGACACAGAGGAAAGCAUCGUCCUCGGAAUGGAUUUCUCUUCCAACGACAGCAGCGUGUGCACAAUGGGGCUGGUCCUGCCGCUCUGGAGCGACGCCCUUAUUCAUCUGGAUGGUGAUGGGGGCUUCAGCGUCUCGACGGACAACAGAGUGCACAUCUUCAAGCCGGUGUCGGUGCAAGCCAUGUGGUCUGCCCUGCAAAGCCUUCACAAAGCGUGCGAAGUGGCCCGGAUCAACAACUACUACCCCGGGAGCCUUUUCCUCACCUGGGUCAGUUACUACGAGAGCCACAUCAACUCGGACCAGUCCUCGGUCAACGAGUGGAAUGCCAUGCAAGAUGUCCAGUCCCACCGGCCGGACUCCCCUGCCCUCUUCACAGAUGUCCCAACAGAGCGAGAGCGCACGGAGCGUUUGAUUAAGACCAAACUGAGGGAGAUUAUGAUGCAGAAGGACUUGGAAAACAUCACGUCCAAGGAGAUCCGAACAGAGCUGGAGAUGCAGAUGGCGUGCAACCUCCGGGAGUUCAAGGAAUUCAUCGAUAACGAGAUGAUCGUCAUCCUCGGCCAGAUGGACAGCCCCACGCAGAUCUUUGACCACGUUUUCCUGGGGUCAGAGUGGAACGCCUCCAAUCUGGAAGACCUGCAGAACCGAGGGGUGCGGUACAUUUUGAACGUCACUCGAGAGAUCGAUAAUUUCUUCCCGGGGAUUUUUGAAUACCACAACAUCCGUGUUUACGAUGAAGAGGCAACGGAUCUGCUAGCUUACUGGAACGACACGUACAAAUUCAUCUCCAAAGCAAAGAAGAACGGCUGCAAGUGCCUGGUUCACUGCAAGAUGGGAGUCAGCCGGUCAGCCUCCACUGUGAUCGCGUAUGCCAUGAAGGAGUACGGCUGGAACCUGGACCGAGCCUACGAUUACGUGAAGGAGCGGCGCACAGUCACCAAGCCCAACCCCAGCUUCAUGCGGCAGCUAGAGGAAUACCAGGGGAUCCUUUUGGCCAGCAAGCAGCGCCAUAACAAACUGUGGCGGUCACACUCCGACAGCGACCUCUCUGACCAUCACGAGCCCAUCGGCAAGUCCGGCAUGGAAGUCAGUAAAAAGGAGAUCACCACAUCCGCAGACCAGAUCUCGGAGAACAAGAUCCCCAACAGCCUCCACCCAUCAGCACCUCCAGGAGCGCCCGCUAGUCCUCCCGUGGAAUGCCGGUGCCACCCAAGUGCCAACGCCAUGGACUUCUGCAGGAAGGAGAGGGUGAUCCAACUGGAAAUCACCUCCCGAGACUUCGGCACCGAGGAGAUGGAGGGCAGGUUGAACUUGAACACCAUCAACGGGUGCCCUUCUGGGUGCUGCCUGGACGAUCCGAAGUUUCCUCUGGACAACUGCCCACCUCCAGAGGCUGAGCUGCAGCACGAAGAGGACUUCAAGGUGGCUGCCGAGUUCCCGGACCUGGCAGUGGAGGAUUUGGAGAAAGAUGCCCUUAAGCCAGGUGACGGAAGCGUCCAUCUGGUCCCCAUGGAAGAACUGGAGUCUUGCUUGCAAGACCUCUCGAAGUCACCCGGCCGCGACUCCCCGAGCCCGACGUUCCCUUCCCAGCCCGAGAGCACGGAUUUCAGCACAGACCGGAUCGACUUCUUCAGCGCCUUGGAGAAGUUUGUGGAACUUUCCCAGGAGGGCAGGUCCCGGGCCUUCUCCCACUCGCGGACCGAAGACCAGGGAUGCGGGAGGAACGGUCUCCCCAAAGUGUCCCCUCUGGAGUUGUUGCCUCCCGAUCCGAUGGGGGAUGCUCCACGAAACAACUCCACGGGCAAUUCCCCACAGGUGUCAGAAGCGUCUUCAUCUGAGGAGGAACAUCUGAAGCUCUCUGAACUCGACCGUUCCAACGGUCUCACCCGAUCUCACUCGGAAAACGCCAUCUCGGUAAAAGAAAUCGUCACGGAAAUCGAAUCGAUCCACCAGGGCGUGGGGCAGGGAGCGGCGAAAACGGACAGCUUGAACAAUCAGGUCCCAGCCUCCAAGAGAAACACGGUCCACGAGCUGCCGGCAGAAUCGGGCUGGGGCUGGGACAAUAAGUCUGGGAAAGCAGAGCAGAGGGAAAGCGGCGGCUCGCUGCAGAAGGAAGCGUCCGGAGAGCCUUUGAAACCGGAUCAAGACAGUACUUCAGUCCUACAGUCGCCUGGUGCUAAGCUGGAGUUUGAAGAGAGUGACAACUCGCCAGAAGACUCGCUGGACGCUCGUCUGAAUCCUGGGCCCAAGUGGUGCUCGGGCUCUGUACGGCGCGCUACCCUGGAGUUCGAGGAGCGCCUCAGACAGGAGCAGGAGCUACUCCCUGUUGCCCCCUUACCCACCCGCAAGAACUCCAAGAACGAAUCAGCAGUGGCUGAGGUUCCCUUGAAGGGCAAGGAUGAAGAACCAUCUCAUGAGCCGGCCCAGAUCUCCGGGGACAGGGAAGCCACGGGAGCUGGGAAUGCUGGGACCGAGACCGAUUCUGAGCAGCUCCCUGCUCCGCCCGCCUCCCCCCCUCAGGAUGACCAGUUGCCCUGCCCUCACGCAGAGGUGCUGAGAUUGGUCAAAGAGCACAGGACGGUGAUUUCGGUGGAAGAUCACGAAAAGAUCCCUGCUCCUUGCCUUCUCCCAAAGAGAAUAGAGAUUAUCGAGUACACCCACGUGGACAGGUUGCCCAGCCUCUCUGGGACGGAUUUCCCAGCGGCGGAGUGGAGUCCUGAACUGGAGGUGCUGGAGAAAGGCCUGGCGGUGGAUGAGAAUUGCAACGCACCUUUAUGCUCCGAGAAUUCUCUUGAACCGGCGGGGGCGUGUCCGUUGGAGAGGCCUUCAACACUGGAGCACAGAGACUUGGAGAAAGCGGUCUUCUCCUUGGGGACUCCUGAGGAGGAGGGGGCUGGGGCACUGAUGGACGCAGAAGCCUCUCCGUUAGCAGUGCCCGUGGACCGCCUUGCUCACCAGCACUUCAUUUGCUUAGCGGGGGUCACAGAGGACAGCACAAGCUCGGAUCCCGAGCCGGCCCCUUUGCGGGGCUACGCCGGAAAUGGACAGUUUGCCUUUGAGGAGAGGGGAGGGGCCCCGCGCAGAAGGAGUGAAGGGGCCUUGCUGCAGUGGAGCCCAGGCGACUCAAACGUGCCCCGCAAGUUAGACCCACGUGCCGGAGAAGCUACAGAAACUACGGCCUCGGCUUCUUUGUGCUGCGGCCUCCCCCACAGCUCCAGCAGCGAUAGCAUCCAAGACUUGAGUGGCAGCUCCGGCUCAGUGAAACAGCGCGCGAAGGAAAUGGAGGCCCGGAUCCGGCAAGCGGGCCUCACCCCGCCUUCCCACAUGAAACGAUCAGCGUCCUUAGCCAAGCUGGGCUGCCUGGAUCUACUGAAGGACGACUUGUCCUGCAGACACACUCUCUCCUCCAACCCCGGCCCAUCGUCCCUAGACCCUCUUCCUGCCUUCUGUGGCCAGAGAGGGCCCCCGGUUGCCACAGAACACAGUACGCCGGCCCCCCCGGACGUGAUGCUUUUGCCACCUGUCCUCCAGGUUCCCCAGCUGACGGUGCAUUUUGUGGAACCGCUCAAGAUGACGGAAAGCAUCGCCCUCAGCAAGCCAGUGGAGAGGCCUCCGGCGCAGUAUGCCAAAGAGUUCAGUACGACUCGGCCACUCUCAGAAGUGAAAUUGACUAGUGCCCAAGAAUCAGGGUUGCCUGGUUUGCCAAUGCCCCCGAGGCUGGGCGGGGCGCCCAGGUACCAACACGGUAGAACUCGACUGCCAAGGAGACUCAAAAAAGCAAAUGACAGGAAACGUACAACCAAUCCCCUGUAUAAUACCAUGUGAUCUUCAGUCGCCCCCCCCAACCGCCCCCUCCCCUUAAAAAUACAAACAAACCCUUGACUUUUUUUUUGCAAUGCCCUUAUUGUGUUCUUCAGAUGGGACAGAUGUAAUAUAUAUUGAAACAUGCACUUUAUUGGUUAAUUUUAUAUAUGUUUGUCAUUUUUACUGUUCCUGUUGCAUGUAGGUUUCAAGGCGGCUGGUUUCUGGGUUCCCUCCCUGCCCCCCCAGUAUGAGUGACUGCAAAGUUGUGGUUUUAUUAUUUUCGUAUAAGAAUAUUUUAACUAAUAAACCUCAACAUAUUUUUUUUGGCUUUGUUUUAACAGAACACCCUCUUUGUAAGAGGCGGGGGGGAAGACUCAGGAUUGCUCUUUUCCAUCCAACCAAAACGGAUUUUUUUAAUGCGUUCUUGAGAGCUGAGUGCUUGAGAGGACGAGAGCGGGUGACCGGACCGCAUUCACACAAUCCAAGGGGCCGGUUCCUGGAAUCCUUGUCCGAGCCGGCCCCGUAUCCUUGUCCGAGCCGGCCCCGUAUCCUUGUCCGAGCCGGCCCCGUAUCCUUGUCCGAGCCGGCCUUUUUAGCUCAGCAGCUGGUGUUUAGCAAAAUCCGUACCGAUGAGGAGGCUCUGUUUGCCGCAUGGCCGCUGUGUGCCAUCCGCGGAGAAGGUUGCCAGAGAGUACCGGGCCCCUAGAGUGCCUACUGGGAAAGAAAACAGGGUGUGCCAAAUUCUACCAAAUGCAUUUGUUGCAGCCAGGGAGUUCCUGCGUUCCCAGGUCCGCUGUGACAAGGGUGCUUGCAGAGCUGGGCUAAGGCAGGUCAGAAUCCCGACUGCUGUAUAAGCAGCAGCAAAGCUCUUCCUGUUGCCUCCUGCUUUGGUCCAGGGUUUUGCCUCUAUCAAGUGGCAACAAACCAGCACUGACAUGAGCAGAGGCGUAAAGAGGGGGGGGAAACGGUGCAUGGGGCAAAACCUGCUCCUGCACCCCUCUCCACGCCCCCGCUUGCCUUGCUGGGCCGCCGCCAGCAGAAGGAGAAGCCUGGAAGGGCAGGGCCGAGGGGAGCCCGGCAACAGCCCAGUCAGGUUGCUCCUUUGGCCAGAACAGCCUGUCGGGCCGAGGGGAGGGGUGUGAGGAGCGAUUCUCUGCCCACCACGUGACCAACUGGCGUGCGCCUGGGGACAUACGUCCCCACAUGUCCCCGUGAGCACUCCGCCUCUGGCCGUGAUUCAACAGAGGUGCCUAAAAAGCUUAAGAUGAAAUUUAGGAUGUUUGGAGUCAGCGGUGUCUGCUCCCGUCGCUUAAGGUGUUUCAGGCAGGUUGCUUAAGGCGAAAUGUCCCUGUUCGUGCCCACCAGCUUCCCUCAAUUCCCCUGCAGUUCACACUCGUUGUGUGCGGCCUCAGAAUAAAAUUGAUCAGAGCAAUCUCGAAAAGGCCGUGGGCCGUUGACGGGGAAGGGAGAGCAGAACUGGAGAAAGGGCGGUGUUCUCUUAAAACAAAUUUUCCUUGUAGGGGUUUUAACCCUUUCAUUACUUGAAUACUGCUGUGGGCCUUUUCAAGCGUGGCGGCCAUAUCCCCGGUUCCAUUCCUUGACCCUGCAAAGCAAAUGUCCUGCUGUCCAGUCUCUCCUGUGGAGCUCCUUCGCCUCCCUGGCCCUUUUUGUUUGUUGGUUGCAAACCAGAGGCUGACUUGGUCCGACGUGUGUCCCCUUGCCCUCCGUGCAGAAAGAUUUUGCCUCCCUCCUCCUCAGGAAAAAAAACUAUUUAUUUGCUCUUCAGCUGUACAUAACAGUGUUUCUUUUUUUCCAGCGACUGUUUUUGUUUUGCUGCAGGAAAAAGGAGCAGUUUGGUACAUUUCUUCUCAACUGGAAAGCUCAAUGCAGCUCUUGUUGGCGACUCUGCACAUUAAUACUGGAGCGGAUAUAACUUUUGUCGUCCCCCCCACCCCACAAAAAAAAGAAUCCAGGGCCCCCCGUUACCAUCUUGUGCCAAAAGCAUGCGUGUUCUUUUUUUUAUUUGUCGUUUGCGUGAGCUGUCGUUCCAAUCGCGGCGUCUUUCCCAGCGCAACAGAUGUCUCUAACUCUUAGGGCAGCGUGCUGUCUUUCUGGAGAUCAGGGUUUUGAAGCUCCUCGAUAAAGCACUUCUAUUUGAGCCGUAUUUUGUUGUGAACUGGAAUCCAAAGAAGCACACUUGAAUUCCCAUUCGAUGAUAGCGGAAGACAGCCAGUCUCUUGCCUUGGCGGGUGCGUCGGACUGGGUUUUGGGAUGCCCUCUUUCUGAUGCGCUGAUGAAGCCCAUUUGAAAACCUGCUUCCCACUGGAUGGAACUGCUGCCUCGCUUUGCCCCGGUUCCAUGCGUCUUUCCGUGGCGAGUACUGUCAAGUUGCAUCCUUAGUUCAAGGAGAGGUUUUCGGUCCUCCCCUCUUUCAGGUCUACAACAGAGGAGGAGGGAAAUGUUUCGCAAACGUGGUCGUGAACAUUCUUCAGACCCCAGCAAGGAAGAAAGUCUCUAGCACAUAGGUGUCAAACUCGUGGCCCUCCAGAUGUUAUGGACUUCGGUUCCCAUCACCCCUGCCAGCAUAACAUCUGGAGGGCCACGAGUUUGGCAGGUCUUGUAAACAUUCCUUUCCGCCAAUCAGAUGCUGGAGGAUGAAUGUGAAUGAACUGGUUUUAGAACUGCCCAGGAGUGUGUUCACCUCUCUGCCAUCACUCGAGGUCCACUUGUGGCUGCAGGACGCUUUCAACUUUCUGCUGCCUGUCGGACCUUAUUCACGAUUGCCCCGUGGCUUUGUGCCUGCAGUUAUGAAUGGCAGCCUCUCCUUCUUCAAGUGCCUCCAUCUCUUGCAAAUAAUUUGUAAUCUCUCCACAGCUUCUUGGGGUGGGGGAUCCCAUGCAAAACACCUCCCCCCUGGCCUUCACGUGGUUUUCCAACCCUCUUACUCUUGAAUCAACCCCGCAAUGAUGUCUACGUCUUGCCCGCUGAGGCCAGAUUCAGGCAAACGGCCCGGGGGGGGGGGGGCAUUCUGCAGAAAAAACAGUUGUACUUGCAAGGAAAUGGGGGGGAAGGGUUGGUAUGCUGUCCUUCACCCACCUCUCUUGCCUUCCGGUCGAGUCUGCUGCUGUCUUGAUCUAUCUAGCACUGUUUUCUCACUAGCAUUAACCAAGCCAUGGUUACAGUGGACGAGCAGGGUGCCCAAGUUGUUUACCUGGGUGGCCCCUGGGGAGAAAUAAUUCCUUUCCCAUAGAACCAGUUCGGUCGCAAGGCUCAGGCUCUGCUUCUAGGGAGCACAGCUGGUCGGCUUGGAGGCUUGGCUGUUUCUGCCACUUCCAGGUGUGUCGAAACUAGGUUUUGAGCAACAGAGGCGAGACGAGGCACCCUCUGCCGUGUCAAUCAUGUAGGUCUAAGCUGGCGUUCCCUUUGAUUCCCUGCUGAUGUGUCCAAAGCCACCACUGUGGUUUCUGGGACCACGGGGGGGGGGGGGGGGGCCAUGUCAUCCUGCAUCCAUCGCUAGGGGGAGAUCUCGUGGUCUGUGAUCCCUUUUCUCUUUGCACUCUGAGCUUUGGGGGGGGGGGCAGAACAGAUUUCAGAUGCAGCGUUUUGAGGUUGCCCUUCGGCCACCUUUGAACCGAGCACUCUGGAGAGCUGUAGCAAAGGGCUUUUCGGAAAGCCGUUCCUUUAGAAGAGCCGGUCGGCUUUUCCUGUUCCUGCUGUCAGGCCUUAGUCACAAUCGUCCCCGGGACUUCAUGCCACUAGUCUUGAAUUGGACCCCCGCUACGUACACACGUCGUCUGCUGUGAACGCUUCCAUACUCCAGCAACCACUGUUUUUGCUCGUCGGCAAUUCGGGAUCCAUGUUCUUUGCCGACUUCCUUUCUGGAAGUAGACCCGAUUGCUUCUUCGCUGGGGCUGAAGAGGGCAGUGCUGACCUCUUCCCCCCUCUUAAAUUGAACGCUGGGCUUUAGUACUCUUCAGCGAUGGGAUCAAGAACUCAAAUGUGAAGUCUGCCAGAACCUGUGGAUGCCCUUGAGGCCGCUACGGGUCGCUUGAGCCUCAAAAAUCCCGGUUGAAGAAGGUGCAAGCUUCUGGUGACUUCCAGGUCUUGAUGGGCUUCCUGUGGUCUGUAUCCUGGUCCUCAAACCCUUGCUAUAUUUGCUCAAAGCAUCAUGGGUGCUUUAAAGGACAUCUCGCUCCACCUCUGCUGUUCUUUUGCAAAACUCCAUUUCCAGAAGGGGAUUUUCCAACUCCUGCAUCAGAGAUGGUCACCUUUUUCUUCUCUCUUCUCUUGUUCCAAGAAGGGUUGGGGUUUUUCCAACUUUUGCAUAAUAGACCACGGGAAAUGCACCAAAAUCUCAGUGGCUCUAGCUGCGGCUCUCCAGAUGUGCAUGGACUACAAUUCCCAUCAGCCCCUGCCAGCAUGGCCGAUUGUAGUCCAUGAACAUUUGGAGAGCCGCAGGUUGCAGACCCCUGCUCUAGCCCCUUCCUCCCAUUGUUUUCUGCCUUGUACUAGAAACCUGUGUUGUGCCUUGCACAGAAGUGUGAGUGUCAAAGCGAUCCCUGCGGAUUGUGCGCGCCCGGACAAAGUGGUUGUCUUUCUCCCUCUCUCACCAUCAUGUGCUCUGUUGUGUUUAGCGGUUUCCCUCUUUUUACGCGCCCCUCCCCUUAGAAACGGCAUGGCUCACCUUUUUUUUUUUUUUUACGGCUCCUCCGCCCGUCUUUCCCCGUGCCAACCAACCUCUGCUGGAUGUUAAGUCCUGUUUAGUGCCGCUUGGCAUUGGGUUGGUCCUUCCCAGAUGCCAUCUUUGCCUAGCCAAACGGGGUCCUCAAAUCUGUGAACACAUCCUUGAACUGGCUCCCGAGCCAGCCUGGAGCAUCUCAAUAGCGCCAGAGCCCAGUUGAACAUGCAGGUGGGGGGAAAUAAACUCUGUUUCCCCUUCCCGCAAUGCCUCCUGAGAUCGCGUCGAAUGUCUGAACCUGCCUUAGCUACCUUCGAGUGAAAAGGAAAGCCCGGCUGGCUGUGAUUCUCCAGCGCAGAUAACGCUGUCUUUUGGGUGGCCUUUGCUUUGGACUCUGGAGCAGGUACCCUGGCGGGACAUCCUGGCACAAUCCUGUUGGAAUCUGGGUACUUGGUGCUGUGGCAGGCCUUGGUGCCUUGUGUAUGUGUGUGUGUGAGUGCGUGGGGAGGGGUGUUCCUUCUUCCACAGAGGCAUGUCUCUUGCACACUUCUGAAUCUUGUGUUGGGGAAGGGCACCAUUGCAAACUGACUCAGCCUCUGUCUGUGCGUCUCUCUCUCUCUGUCUGUCUGCACUCAGUUGCUGUUGGGCAAUGGGGUCUACUAUCAUGUCUUUAGCAGAAUUUAAGCCCUCCCAAGACAGUUGGGAGAGCUACACAUCUCAAAGGGGGGUGGAGAAAACACUUCUCCCCCCAUAACCAUAUCCCUCCCUAUGCCCUUUAUUUUGCCCCCCCCCCCCCCCCCCAACGAUGGCUUGUACCAUAGACUUUGACCAACACGACCCUCAGCUGGUUUUAAAUGUGAACAUUCGCCCUUGAGUGGUGCAGAUUCAAUGUUCUUGUUACUGGAUGAAUAAAUUUUUAUUUUGAGAA